AUGAAAACUUCAAACACUACCCUUUCAAAGUUAAUCUUCGGGCUUCUCAUUUUAAUCGCUGUCCCCUAUUUGUUUUACUCCAUAAACUCACUAAAUAUCUUGCGUACUCCAUCAAACCCAUUUCCUUUCCCUCUUAGCCUACCAGUAACUCUAUCUGUGCCUCUGCAAAUAGCUAGCCUAAAUGUCUCAUUAACUUCUGAGUCUCUCCUAGAAAACCCUAAAAUCUUGCAGGAGAACACAACUCUCCGUCAUAUAGUUUUUGGAAUUGGAGCCUCUUCCAAACUAUGGGAUCAUAGAAAAAACUACAUCAAGUUAUGGUGGAGACCUGAUGAAAUGCGAGGCAUAGUUUGGUUAGAUGAGCCAGUAAAGAAAGAUCCAGAUGAAGAAAAUCUAUUGCCACCAACAAUGAUUUCGAGCGAUACAUCAAAAUUCCCUUACAAAAACACAAAAGGUCACCGGUCGGCGAUAAGGAUAUCGAGAAUAAUAUCUGAGACUCUGAAACUAGGAAUGAAGGAUGUGAGGUGGUUUGUGAUGGGAGAUGAUGAUACAGUGUUUGUUGCAGAUAAUUUGGUGAGAGUUUUAUCUAAGUACGAUCAUAAUCAGUAUUAUUAUAUAGGGAGUUCAUCGGAGAGCCACUUGCAGAACAUAUACUUUUCUUAUGCAAUGGCUUAUGGAGGUGGUGGAUUUGCUAUAAGUUACCCAUUGGCGAAAGAGCUUGCGAGGAUGCAAGAUAGAUGCAUAGAGAGAUAUCCAGAAUUAUACGGUUCAGAUGAUCGAAUUCAGGCUUGCAUGGCGGAGCUUGGAGUUCCUCUUACCAAGGAACCAGGGUUUCACCAGUUUGAUGUGUAUGGCAAUUUAUACGGGCUUUUGGCGGCACAUCCAAUUGCACCGUUAAUUUCUUUACACCAUCUAGAUCUGGUGGAGCCCAUAUUUCCUGAUAUGGACCGAGUCAAAGCUCUAGAAAAACUUAAAGCUCCAAUGGAAUUGGAUUCAGCCGCGUUCAUGCAACAAUCUAUUUGUUAUGAUGAAAAACGGCGGUGGACUGUGUCCGUAUCUUGGGGCUAUACGGUUCAAAUAUAUCGAGGUAUAAUUUCACCUCGAGAAAUUGAAAAACCAAUUAGAACAUUUCUAAAUUGGUACGUAAAAGCUGGAUACAAGGCUUUUGCAUUCAAUACUCGAUCAUUGAACAAGAAUUCAUGCCAAAGGCCAUUCAUCUACUGUUUGGUUGAUGCAAAUGACAAUAAAAAUCGCACAAGCACUAGGAGCUUGUAUACGCGCCAUCAAGUUCCUAAUCCACCAUGUAGAUGGAAAAAUCCUGAUCCUUCUCAAAUUAUUAAAGUGGAGGUUUAUAAAAGACCCGAUCCCUUCUUUUGGAAUAAGGCUCCAAGAAGGAACUGUUGUAGGAUUUUACCCAGCAAGACAAAUACUACUCUAAUGAUUGAUGUUGGGGAAUGUAAAAAAGAUGAGCUGAUUGAGACAAGAUGA